CAGCGGGGGAAGGCCAGGGCUCCUCCACGCUCACCCUCAGCUCUGAGCCGGGACGGAGCUUGGGCAGCACCCCGUGCCCGCCCCCGGAGCUGCCAGCCCAGGGGUGCUGAGGCAGCCGCGCAAGCUCGGGGGCGGCUCCGCUGCCUGCGUGCCCUCGAGUCCCCGACCCGUCCCGAGGGGUCGCGCCGCCCGAGCCGCAGUGCCAGGGGCGAGCGGGGCCGGGGCGGGGGCCUGAGUCAGCGGGCGCGUCACGCAGCCGGCAGGAAGCGCCCGCGGAGGCGGCUGCACGCGGCCUUUAAAACCCCGACGGGGCCGCGCUCGGGGCCGCAGCACCCGCCGUGCCCGUGGCCGUGGCCGUGCCCGUGGCCAUGGCCGUGGCCGCCGCGCUGCCGCUGCUGCUGGCGCUGCUGGCCCCGGCGCUCGCGGGAGCCUUCCCCGGCUGUGACUACCCACCGCCCCUCUGGUGCAGCUCGCCGGAGAUCGCCGCCGCCUGCCAGGCAGAGAGCCACUGCGCCAACCUCUCGCGCCCAGCGGCCGCACCGGUGGAGCUAAGCCUGUUCUACGAGAGCCUGUGCCCGGCGUGCCGCAACUUCCUGGUCCAGGAGCUUUUCACCACUUGGCUGCUGCUGCCCGUUGGGAUCCUGAACAUCACCCUGGUGCCCUACGGCAAUGCCCAGGAGAGGAACGACAGCGGGAAGUGGCAGUUUGAGUGCCAGCACGGCCCGGAGGAGUGUUUGGGCAACAUGAUCGAGACCUGCCUGAUGCACGAGGCCAAGGACUUCAACAGCUACUUCCCCGUCAUCUUCUGCCUGGAGUCGGGCAGCUCUGUCACCAAGAACCUGGAGGCCUGCCUCCAGGUCUACGCCCCGCAGCUGGACGGGAGCCGCAUCGCCGCCUGCGUGCAGGGGGACACGGGGGCUGCGCUGAUGCACCGCAACGCUCUGCUCACCGAGGCGCUCGACCCCCCGCACCAAUACGUGCCCUGGGUCGUCGUCAACGGGAAGCACACGGACGAGCUGCAGGAGCAGGCCCAGGCGGCGCUGCUGAGGCUGAUCUGCCGCCUCUACCAGGGGGAGAAGCCGGAGGCCUGCGGGGGCUCGGGGAGGGCGCCGAAGGAACCGCGGGGCUGCAGGCGCUGAAGGACGGGUGCGGGAAGCCCGCGCAGGCAGACAAUAAAAGCAGAGGAUGUGUGGAAAACAAA